AUGUUCGACGCCAUGGAGAAAGCCGUUGAUAGAUGGGAGAGGGGAUACAACACCCAUUAUGACUCUGAUGGAAGCGAUGCCGAUUCAGACAGGUCACGAGAAUAUCGACGGUUCUCCGGAUCAAGUCCCAGCGCAUCAUCUUCAACUGACGCUUCAAGCGCCUAUCCAUCGAAUAGCUCCGGUGGCUACAGUCGGACUAUUGGAAAUGGCAACAGUUACAGCUCACAACAUACUUAUCAGCAAUCUGGCUACCAGGAGCAGAACUGGGGCAUGGGCAAUAUGUCUUUGGCAACCGACUCAACACAGCACGCAAGCACGGCAACAACUGGUCUGACAUCAAACGGACCGCGCAAGGCCCGCGCAAGCAGUCGACCAGUGGACAGCGAUUACACUGACAUGCACCUUCAGCCAGAGUACCAGAGCUACGUUCAUUCCGGGGCACUGGAUGACUUUGAUGAACUAGCCAGCUCAUCUUACAUCGAAGGUUUCGAGCCUGUGUUUGAUGUAGUUUCCACUGUUCCCUCUGACUAUCAAUCAUACACCUUGGACGCUGACCAGGGCUUCCCCAUCGACUACCCAGCUCAAGGCCACUACUCCAAGGACACUAUCAAUCCGAAAGACAUUCACAACACACUGAUAGGGAUGGGAUCGGCAACAAUGCCGAGAUACCUCAUAGAGAACGAGGAAGAUUCGGGGAUUGUUCUUCAUGAUACUCAGGAAUAUUUGGGCUUUGUGGGACAGGCCAGAAGGACACGCAGAUAA